AUGAAACUGCAGGCGCUGCCGCUUCUCGCCGCCGUGGCGCUGGGAGCACUUUCCCUUCUUUUGCCGGUUUCUUCUCUUCAGAUGAGAAGAAAACCUUUUUAUAAUUCUCAGCAGACGUUUAUCAAUCAAGAGGACGACAGAAGGCUGCAGGAUUCCGCUGAUUCAGAAAACACCGCUGCGGUGUAUGCGCAGCUCCAGCCGCCGGCAACCAACGAAACCGCAGGAGAACGCGUCAUAAAUGUUGCAGAUGAACACCAAAAUGAAAGUCUUGUUCAGCUUUUUGGCACCAGUAAAUAUGUUAAGAAGCUUAAGGAGGAAUACAAAGAGCUCAAGAAGCGAUAUAAGAAGUUGCAUUCAAGUAACGACUACAAAAAAUUCAAAUACGAGACGAUGAUAACUGCACUACAACGGGCACUAGGGCUCCCGGUCACUCACCGCACUCGUCUUUGA